AUGCACACUCCUGGAGUGAUUACAGCUUUGGUGCAGCUUGCUCCUCCAUUCUCCGGUAUCAUAACUGGGUGGUCAUUCUUUGCUGUAGCUUGGUUCAGCAUUAUGAAUAAAAUUCUAACAAAACAUAUUGUACAACAAGGCGCUGCUUCGGAGUGGUCGAUGGUUUUUCGAGUUUCAGCUUUAGUGGCAGCUCUGCCCGUCUUUGUUUUCACGUGGUGGGGUUCUGCUGAUAGACAGCUGUCCCGGGAAACAUCUUUGUCCUCAAUGUCUACUCGUGAUGGAAUUCCUGUCAAGAGGAAAAUUUCCAACAAUAGUAUGUCUCGAACUAGCAGCCUUGCCAAGAAUCUCAACGAUGCCAAAUCGUAA